CGUCUUUAAAGGUUUCUGGCAACACCAAUAGAAUAGCGUCGCAUCUUUUGAUUAAUUUAGAAUUUUUGUGUGAAAUUAGUGAAAUAAGUUGUGUUUAAGUGUAGUAAUUUAUGCAAGAAGCGUCAGAGGUCAAGUGACCAUAGCCAAAAUGUCGAAGCCCCAUAAUGAUGACACUCUGGAGCUGGACGAGAUCCUCAGCCAGCCGGUAAAGGACAAGGAGCGCUUCGCCGCCUUCAUGCUGCGCAAGUUGGCCGAAAACAAGCCACCAGAGAACGGCAAUCUCUUUGGUAACUUCAAACUCGACUUUGACUUGGAUUUUGAGGCGCCACUGAUCAAGAAGACCAAGCCCAAGGCCAAGGUACCAGAAGUACAGCCUACAGUACUGCGGGAGUUGACUACUACAUCCGAUGCCGCCCCCGAGCAAUCCAAUAAGCCGCCUGUGGACCAGGCAUCCAAUGAGAAUCAGCCGCCGCCCACAACCUCGCCCACUUUGUCGCCCAAUCAUCGACGAUCCUUACGCCGCAGCGGAAAUAUUCCGGGCUCCGACAAGCUACGUCGACAUGCCAUCCGCCGACGAUCCCGAAGCUGCGGACGCCAACUGCUCCCUGAGUUCGAAGAGGCCAUCAACCUGACCCGCAGCCUAUCCAGUCCCGUAAAUUUGUAAGUCCCAGAAAUAAGCAGCACACCCUGCGCAGAGAAACCUAAACAGGAUGAUGCCAGUUGAAAAACCGGGGUGCAGCCCGAGAAGCCAGCAGAAAAGCCAGGGGAAAAAUCUCUACCGCCAGAGGUGAAGUCCCCCUCCAGGACAUCCAUUCUCGCCGCUGAAAUUGAACAAAUCUGCAAGGAACGGCAGAAUUCCUUUUACAACAAUGUCCUGCAGCUGGAAUAUACUGGUCGGGCACCGUACUCGCGUCCCUCGACCCCGCCUUCACAAUCUGUGGCAAGUUUGCGACGUACUUACACCAUGGAAAAAGGUCCAGCUCCGGGACAGUUGCUGCUUUCACCUUCAAAUCGCUGUGAAUCAAUCAUCAAAUCACCAGUGGUGAAGUUAAAGCGUACGAAUCAAGAAGUAACAGUGCCCGACACACCACAACGACCGAGUCAUGAACCUACCUGGCAAUCGCAGCCACAACCGGAGUUCGUGGUGCCGGAAACUCAGCCACAGGAUCUGGGAGACCUGGUCCAGACUCUGUCGCGGAAUGCCAGCGGCUCAAUUGUGGUGAUAAACACAACGAAUCCAAAUCAGAGUGUAAGGCGGAAUUCUGUCCAGGUAGAAACUCCUCCGACAUCUCCACUCAGGUCAUUUUCCCAACCGGUAUCUUCCGCUACAAACUUUGAAGCCGCUCCUUCCCCGAAACCGAAAGACCAAACUUUGCCGGUCGUAGAAAAUGUAGACGCCAUUAUGACCGACGACGAAAGUGACGAACAGCCUAGCUCAGCGGCAUUGAAUCUAGCCCCGCCGGGCGGCAACACAACUCGCCAGCGACGCUUGCGCAAUAGCAAUCGGGUUCGAGUUACUGCCGAAACUAAGGAGAGUUCCAUGCACCUGCUUAACCUACACCGGUCGGACAAUGCAAAGAAGACUAGGCCCCGUAUGACAACAGUACCGCUGAACAAGGCCCCCAGUGCUCCCAUUAAUGGCGAGCAGUUCGCCAACGAACUGGCCCGCAUGAGCAACUAUGAGAUUUUGGAUCUGCGCAAGCGCAUCUCGGACGAGGUGGUUCCUUUAAAUGGGCACAAGCGCCGUUCGGAGAUGCUUAUUCAGCAGGAACUGAUGCGGAGAAAUAUGAUGGACGAGCGCGACGGAUUGCCCAGGAAACCAUCCUCUGAUUCCGAUUCAGAGGAGGAGUAUUUGCAGGUUACGCGAAGAACCCGUAGUAAUAUAAGAAGAAGCAGUGAACGAUCGAAGAGGGGCCGACCGCGCUCUAACCGACGGGAUCCUCCAAUGACGACGGAGCUAAAGAACUAUUUGGGCCUCUCCAAUACUAUGGAAAUUCGACGGAAAUUGUCCAGGGAAGGCAAACGAAGUCUUUACACAAAGGGAGACUCCAACGUUGAAGAUUAUGAUUCGUCAUCGCCGGUUAAGCUGCCAAGGUUGAGUAAAAGUAUUCAAAUUGUUCCGCCUCCUCCCGCUUCUCUGCGCUAUUCGCAAUCGAUGCAAAAUCUGCGCCGCAGCACUAGAUUCGAUUUCGAUGAUGUCGUGAUGGCUGCUCCUCCAGAGUUUCAUAAUACUGGGAACAGUAAUAGCAUUGAAAUUGCACCACCGCCUCCAGAAUAUUUAGUAAAUACACAAAACAGAAGCAUAAUUGGACGAAAAAGUCAAAAAGACAAUCUGGUUCCUCCUCCACCGGAGUACAAUGAACAAAGUGAAGACGAUGAGCAACCAAGAAUUGGCACAGCCAGACCAUCACAGCAGUCGAUUCGACGAAAGACGAAAGUGAACGAGCUGGUUCCACCUCCAUUUGAAUAUAUUGAACAACAGGAGAACGAAGGAGUCAAGGAACAAAAUGGAAAUGACGAAACAUCAAAAAAACCGGAGCUUAGUUUGCAGCCAAGACAGAGUGGACAAAAGACUAAAAAAGACUCAGUGGUACCACCUCCACUUGAAUAUAUUAACCCACCGGAAAACGAAGAUGAAGAGGAACAGGAUCGUAACGAUGAGCCACCAAGGAAGUCGCUGAAAAAUACAAGAAAAACUGCUGAGUACAACACGACGAAUCGGGAUAUGGAGGACAAACUAGAACAUAAUGAACCACCGGAGCCCCUGGAAAAUGGCAACGUCGAUAGCUAUAGCGGUAUUGAGCAACCCAGGAGGUUGAGGAGAACAAGAACAAAAUCAGACAACCUCAAGCCAAGUGUACAAAUGGCGAGGAAGAGCGGAGUCGUUCCAUCUCCAAACACUGCGGAUGAUGUCGAAGACGAGGAACGGGUUUCCAGUGAAGAUCAAGUGAUAAAGUCGCGGGGCAGGGGCAAAGAAUCUCAGAAGAAAAAACUUUCUAAAACAAAGACGCAGCAGGAUGAAGUGGUACCACUUACAUUAGAAUGUAUUGAUGGUCCCAAUGAUGUAGCUCCGGAAUCGGCAUCGACACCAAGUGCCAGUGAAACUUCAUCUAGCAAAAAGAAACGUAAUCAUCAGAGUGUAUCAAGAAGCCAAGAUGUUGAUCAGUUACCCAAUCUGUCAUCUAAGUCCCAUAAUCUCUCAAAUAACCGCAAAAGACCUGGAGCUGAUGAAGAAAUAAACGCUGAUCCAACCACACAAGAGAAAGAAAUUAUCGAGAAAUCGGAACAAAUGGAAUCCCUACGCGUAAACACUCCCACUCCUCCGCCAGCUCCAAAGUCAAGUGAUGUGAGCAGCAAAAAUCUGCCUGUCCAUGAGGCAUCUAUGGACGAAGAUGAUGUGCCCAGCACAAGUCGAGCGGCUCUGGAAGCUCUGCAUCGUAGUCAAAGAAUGGAAAAGAAUCAGUCAAAAGAUGUUUCGAACGAUGAUGUGGUGUUUAAGAAACCAGUGGCACCGGCACCACGUGCGAGAUACAAGAAACACAAGUCUGAGGUAGACAAGUUAAAGCUGUCGAAAGUUCCGGUGAAUUUGGACGAUACUGUGACCGGCAUUAGGCGUUCCAAGCGAGGUCAAGUGCCACUUCAGAUGAGUUGGUGCCAUACUAUGGAUCCUACGCAGUUUGGCUUCAUGCGUGACUUCGCACAGCUCCUAGCCAAAACUCGAAAGGUAAAAAAGCAAAUUUGAGUAAAACGAAGAAAGCCCAGUCGAAAAAACGAAGAAAGCUACGGAAGACAAGUAUUGGUUAGCCGGGGACCAUUGUGCAGCAGUACCCCACGAAAUGCCGAAAAAGGGUCAGAGGCAAUCCCGGACUCGGAAUCUCUUGGCAUCAGUCCCUUGGCGUGGGAGGAUACGGCGCCAGCGGCGGUGCAAACAGUGGUUGAAAAGGUUGCCAAGAAAAGAGGGCGACCAAGAGGCAAGCGCAAAGGCCAUGGCGUCUUGCGUAACUCCCUUCAGAAACGAUCAGACCCGGAAACGGAGCCGGAGCCCGAGCCCGACCCCGACCCAGAGCCCAAUGUGCCACCGGCAACUCCUCUCAGAGACGAGCAGGAGGAAGCCUAUUCACUCAUGCACUGGCUCCGAGGCGUUCGCGAUUUCCAACCUACUCCUGGCAUGUCGGAUGAAAACGCGAGUGUCUCUACUGCAAAUGAAUUGGUUUUCACCCAGGUAGAUGGCAUUGACUACGCUUUCUACAAUACGAAGGAAAAGGCAACGUUGGGCUAUAUGCGAUUCCAGCCCCACCAGACUCGCAACAAAAAGCGCGCCAAAGUCCAUCCUCUGAAAUUCAUUGUGCAAUUUGGAGAGUUUGCCGUGCAGACCCAGUCCGAAGGAGAAGAGGAGGAAGUGCAUGCUACUCUACGUGUUGGCGACAUGAUAGAAAUAGAUAAGGGCACCAAGUAUAGUAUUCAAAACGCGAUAGACGAUGUGAGUGUCCUAAUGGUUAUACGCAGUUAAUUUUGGAUUUAUGAUUUAAAAACUUGGAAAUAAGCUGAGUUAUAUUUUUUACGUUUUCAUCGCAGGAAAGAAAAAUAAUAAAGUGUUGUUUUGUUAAAAAGA